AUGCUCCGCCGCUCACUGUCACUCGCCUACGCCUACGCGCGGGUCCCACCGAUCGUAAAUGAACCGAUGGACGCCUUUGAGCCGAACUCCCCCUCCGCUAACGGAACCCUCAACGCUUGCAAACGUCUGCGCGAAACAGUGACAGACUGCCCCAUCGUUAUUGGCGGCAAAGAGUACCGCACCGACAACGUUAUCCGCCGCAUGAUUCCAUCGGACCACAAACAGCAUCUCGCAACAGCAUAUAAUGCCACACCGGAGAUGGCACACAACGCCAUAGACACUGCCCUCAAGGCAGCCCGUACGUGGAGUCAGACAUCUUUCAGGGAACGGGCAGCUGUAUUUCUUCACGCGGCACAUUUGAUAUCUACAAAGUACCGCCAUGACCUUCGUGCGGCGACAAUGUUGGGACAGAGCAAGAAUCCUUUUCAAGCAGAGAUUGACGUUAUUGCCGAGACAUGCGAUUUUUUACGUUUUUCAGUGAAGUAUGCAGAACAAUUAUACCAUGAUCAACCAAUUUCUCCAAGCAGUGGAGCUAUUUGGAAUUCACUGGAAUAUCGUCCUCUUGAAGGAUUCGUUUCGGCUAUUGCACCAUUUAACUUCAGUGCUAUUGCUGCCAACCUUGUUGCCUGUCCUGCACUGAUGGGAAAUGUCGUUCUAUGGAAACCAUCACCUAAUGCUGUGCUUUCAAACUACAUGUUGUUUAAAGUAUUUGAAGAGGCAGGACUCCCAGCUGGUGUGGUGAAUUUCAUGCCAUGUGAACCAGAUGUUAUGACCGGCGUUGUGAAUGCUCAUCCAGAAUUGGCAGGUGUGGCCUUUACAGGAUCUACUAAUGUAUUUCUAUCUAUUAAUAAGCAAAUCUACGCUCAACUGGAGAAGUAUCGUAAUAUUCCUCGUGUGAGUGGUGAAACUGGUGGAAAAGAUUUUCAUUUAAUUCAUCCAUCUGCUGAUAUGAAGCUUGCCGCAGCUUUAACAGUGCGUGGAUCAUUUGAAUAUCAAGGUCAAAAAUGCAGUGCGACAUCACGACUUUACGCUCCGAAGAGCCAGUGGGAAGUUUUAAAGAAUUAUAUGCUUGAUGUUCAUGCACAAUUAAAAAUGGGACAACCAGAUGAUUUUAAGAGUUUUAUGUGCGCCGUUAUUGAUGAUGUCGCUUUUGAACGAAAUAAAAAAUAUAUUGAUAUUGCCAAAGCAGAUCCUUCAACUUAUAAACUUAUUGCUGGUGGUGACUGUGAUAGGUCAGAAGGGUGGUUUGUGCAGCCUACAAUUUUUGAGACUACAGACCCUAAGGCGCAAUUACUCUGUGAAGAGAUCUUUGGUCCUAUAUUGACGGUAUAUGUGUAUGAUGAUAGUAAACCGGGAUUCUGGGAGGAUGUGUGCCAUACCAUUAAUUCCAGUACGAAGUAUGCACUCACUGGUAGCAUCUUCUCGCAAGAUCGUCAAGCUAUCACGGAUGCUACGUCAAAGCAUUUACGUUAUGCGGCUGGAAAUUACUACAUCAAUGAUAAGUGCACUGGUGCAGUUGUGGGUCAGCAGCCGUUUGGUGGUGCACGCGCAAGUGGAUCAAAUGACAAGCCUGGUAGUGCACUCUUCUUAACGCGGUGGGUAUCGGCACGCACGAUUAAAGAGAACUUUGACCACAGUUCUCAGGUGUCGUAUCCUCAUCAGCUUCCGGAUAAUGUGGCUGUUUAG